CCAUACGGAGUGUACAACAUACUGUUCAGUGUUGUUGACUGUCGAAAGCCAGCAUGCCAAGGGCCCAGACCAGAAACCGAACGAGCCCUGCUUUGGGCAACGAUGCCAAUUGCCAGCAGACAACGAGUGAUGAUAAUAAUAAUUGCUACGGUCAGCCCCAUCGGGAGGACUGUUCUCCUGACGCUAGGCGGGAUGCAAGGUUCUUUAGUGUAGAGGUGGUGCCCCUGAGCCGAUGAUCCUGCCUGCUUGCCCAAUCCGGAGCCUUUGACGUGUUCAUAUUGCAUUAACUAUCACUGUUGUU